AUGUGUAGAAUGUUUGGAGUGUUAUCCUUGGCCUACGUUGCUAUUUUCUUGUUAACUUUAGUGCAUUGUGAGGAUGUAUCGACCUCAGGGCUUGUGGAUUUUAUAAGCAAAGAUAACAACGUCGGCCGUACGUUUGGACACAAUGCUCUGAAACGCCUCUCAUUCAUUUUCCUCCCCGUAAUGUUCACACUGGGAGUCAUCUCCACCCUCUUGAUGGCUCUAGCUGUCAUCUCUGUGAAGAACCUAGCAAUCGGUGUUGUGCUCCUGAUCGUAGCUGUUAGCCAGGCCGUUUCGAGGCUAUUUUCUGCAGCGGCACCUGCACCCUUAGUGUUCCACCCACGGGCUGAGCUCCUGCCAGCGCCUGCUUUGCCUGCUCCAUGGCCUCCAACAGGCCCUCUCCUAUCGCCGUGGGGCAGAUCCGACAACGAUGCUACGAUAUCUGACUAA